UUGAAUUUCGGAAAAUAUACGAAAACUUUUCAACGCUUUUCCAUGCUUGUUCCUUGUGCUUGUAUCCAUCAAUCUCAACACAGCUUUAUUCGUUGCUUCUAAGUUCACUUCUCUCAGUAUCAAUUGGCCAUUCUUAUAACUUUAAAGUUCUCUUUAGGUACAUAAAAUGUCUCUUGGAUAUGUUUUCUAUAAUCAUCUUGGUCCAACUUGGAAGCAGUAUUGUAGUUAUAUGCAGUUCAGGAAUGGUGUUGUUAUCUCUUAAACCUUUAUCGAUUGAGGCUAUUUCAUUAUACUUCUACCUUAUUACAAUGUUUACUGAACUGGGUAUGUACUGCUGGUUUGGAAACUUUGUCUAUGUCGAGAGCUUAGAAGUAAUUAAUUCCUGCUACUUAUCGCAUUGGGAGGAACGCGGUCCAGCUGUAAGGAAAACAUUGUUCAUGCUUAUGGAAAGAGCAAAACGACCCUUAGAAAUCAAAGCGGUCAGAUUCUUCACGUUGUCGUUUGAUACAUUUAUUGUUAUUUUAAAAUGGUCUUAUUCGUACUUCGCUCUCCUGAGAAAUUGGAUGGCCGAUUAAGAUAUUCAGCACUGCAAAGCAUAGAUGCAAUUUUAGGCUUACCUGCAAACGAGCAUUAGAGGUGGUAAUAAAUACCGUUUAGAAGCAA